AUGUUUUGGGAUGCACCUGUCAAUAAUUUAACAAUCACAUUUCAAACAAACAUUACAACGGCGCAUCAAUUUUGUCUAGAUGGUGCAUCAUGCAUCGAUGGUGUACUGUGGAUAACCGACAAAGCCGAAGAAAACAUUUCGCUGGCAUGGUCCUCGGAACCUCGAUGUUUUAAACGCAAAGCAGGCGAAACGAUGAUUAAAUUCAAGUUCAUGGCCGGUGAACGGUGGCACUGCUAUGGAACAAUGAUAAAUUAUCGUUAUAAACAGUAA